AUGUCCAACAGAAUUACAAAAACAAAGUGCCCUCAACCAAAUAACCAGGGCAAAACUGACAAAGACUUAAUGAAAUAUCACAUUUUAUAAAAGAUCAACAAACCCCUAGUUCCUGAGCAAUAAAUAAUAAUAAAAACUUAACCUGAUGAAGAAUUGGAACCUGAGGAUUUUAAACAAGAGAUUGAAUUUAAAUAUAAGGAUUGCCAAAUUAAUCACACAUUUAUUUUCCCUAAGGAAGAUUAUGAAUCCUCAUCUGAUAAUUCUCUUUAAUCUCUUAAAGAUACUACAAUUUACAAUCUUAACUGCAACAAUAUAGAGCGGUUGACUGAUGCCACAUCUCCCUAUUUUAUGAAGGCUUUGAAUGAGAAGCUAUUGAAAUUAGCCGAAUCCAUCGACGAUGAUCCUACCCAAUAAAAUACUAUACAAAAAUUCAAUACUGCCAAUCCAAAACAGACAAAGUUCUUAUUCUCCUCUAUUAAUAGUCAAUCGAAAUCUCAUUGUUAGAAUCAAUCCAGCACAUCGAUAAGCAGACUCAUUGAUCAUUACAUGAUAAAUCUGAACACAAUGAGUUAGAAUGGCAAUCAAAAUCGAGAUAGUGUAACUCAUAAAACGUAAAAGAACUUGUACUUCAGAGCCACUCCCACAAUAUCAUCUGAAAAGAAGAAAUAAUCGAAGAAGAUAUUGCAAAUCUUAAAGUUUACUCAAUAACGCAAAAUCAAUAAUUCUACUAAUAAUGAUAGCAAUACUUUCAAUAAAAGAACUACCUAAAUUAAUAGUUACUCUUUUAAUAAUACACAAAAUAUAUUUUUGAAUGGAAAAAGAAAUGGCGAAAACAUGAGAAUUAAAACAGAAUAAGAUGAUUUUGAGGGAAGUUUGUAAAAGUUUCAAAUUAUUCCAAAAUCAAGAUCUAAAGUUAGAGAACACGUAACAAAAUUCAAGAAACUUGAAAGUUCCUAAGAAUGUAAGAUACUCAAUUAUACUAUGGAUAAUCACUUAUUAGAAUAGCUGGGUGUUGGAAGGAACGCAAAGAGUCAAAAUAGAAGUUACAAGGUUUGA